GUUGCCCCCGCGGGCGCCGCCGGGGCGCUGGCCGCUAUCGCCGGGCCGCCCGUCCAGUUUAUAGCGCGUGUCGUACUGGGGCGGGGGCGCGCCGCGUUCCGUCCAGGCUGUGCGCGGCGCGACAUGAGUCGGCUGCACUGCUUCCUCCUCGCUCUGGCAGGGGCGGCGCUGGGCGAGGUGUUUGACGAGCCCUGCUAUGAGCUGGGGAAGCAGUGGGUCUACGAGGCCAAGGACACGCUGCUGUGCGACCGCAGCGGGCGCCGCAUCAACAUCAACAAGUUCUGCAAGGCGCACCUCUCCUCGGCCAGCGGGCGCCUCAUCAUAGACAGCAGCAAGGAGGACGGUCCCACGGACGCGAAGAAACAGGCAGGGCACUUCCCCGAGCUGUGCCUGCCGGGGCAGCGGACGUACGCUGUGCAGGCGCCCUGGCUGUGCACCUGCGUCAUGCACAAGGGCCGGCAUCGGUGGGAGUGCGUGGUCCCGGAGGGCAGGACGGCGGGCGGGCUCGACGGCAACGUGAGCCCCGGCAGGGCGAAGCGGUCGGCCGAGCACGAACACAGCUCUGCCGCGCCCGCCGCGCCCGCCGCGCUGGCCGAGGCAGAGCCCUUCAACACCAGCUUCGUGUUGCCCUCCACGGUGGGGCUGGGAGGCCGAAUAGGAGCCUCCAGGAUGGCGCUGGCGGCGGGCGCGGCCACCCUGGCGUCCACCCCGGCGUCCACUCCGGCGUCCGCGUCCGCGGAGGCGCACGAGGAGCACAGCGGGCACAACGGGACGGUGCUGGGCCGCCAGGCCUCUCCACCCUACAAGCCAAACAUCAUUAUUGACUUCUGCGACGAGUUUGGCUACGUGCACUCCAUCACGUCCACCAUGAGGGAGUGCGCCUGUGACAAGGAUGUGAUCGCCAACAGGCUGUUCAGCUUUAAAGACAACGACCCAUACCAUAGCAGCGGGCUGUUCGCGGCGUACGAGUGCCUGCCCGGGACGUACUCUGUGCGCUGCGAGAUCUGCUACCCGAGCACGCAGACGUGUCAGCCUGCCCCGUGUCCGUAGCGGCUGGCGGCGCGUCCACCAGGGCGACGGGGGCGCGGCCACCACGGCGACCACGGCGCGGCCACCAGGGCCAGCAGGGCCACCAGGGCCACCAGGCCGUGGCCGCACAGAGACUCUGACUCCUUACAUUACGCUGCUGUUUCUUUUUCAUCUGUUCUUCUGUGGAUCACGAGUGUCUGUUUUUGUUA